AACAGUUCGGCUCUGUGUUUGAGCAGGGUUGAGUAACGCUGGUCCAAGUCUUCGUCUUGGUUGGAUGCAUGGUGGCGGCAUGCUCAGUGUCGAGCUGCGCUCCUGCACUGCUGCGCUUUAACGUCCUCAUCAGUAUAAGAGUCCUGGUUCCAGGAUGAGGGUCAGACUGCGUUUGCUCUCAGCCUCUAAUAAAGUAGUCUUUGCUGGUUUAACACCAUGAUCAGUGGCUCUGGUCUUCAGACGUUUCAGGGCUCUUACUGAGGGGAUCAUGUCAGCAGCUGAUGAAUCAACACGCUGGAUUCUCGUCAGAGGAAGAGAGGAGUGGGAUAAAGUGUUCAGACUUCUGUGCAGGUAGAGUUGUGGGCCGAUGGUAGUCAGGGGCUUAUCUGGUGAGGCUUGGCCUCUUAGAAAACCGGGUCCAGUAUUCCCCUGGGUCCAGACGUCCUGCAGUGUUCUGGGUGGGCGAUGGGAGAAUGUUUAAUGUCCCACUAUUUCUGGGGCUGACUGCAGAUCUGGACAGCCAGCUGGAGGGUUUACACCACGCAGACGUUUGUGUUGGCAUUGUCUCUCACAACAGCGUGAACUUUCGAUCUGUCUGUUUUUGACCCACAUCAGCCACCGUCAUCACCACAUUAUUUUCUGGUUGGCUGAUGACCGUUAACAGGACGGUGCUCUGGUGCAUCAUUACUUCAGAUCGCUUCUUUAAGAUAAAGACCCCUGUACACGGGGACGUGGUCUUAAUCAGUCAGGGUCCAGAUCUUUAAAUCUGAGCACAGAUGAUCUGGCUAACUGAGUUCUUGCACAUUUAUUUCUGCAGUGUUACAUGAGAGACAUCCCACGUCCAGUGUUUGUGGAGCUGGACCAUCAGCUGAAGAAAGAAUAACCUCUGUUCUCUUCCAGAUGUGCCCCUCUGCCCACCUCAGCACCUCUCAGCUCACCCUCCUCUCCCUCGCUCUCCUCCUCCCCCUCCCCCACACCGUCACGUCGUACCCCCACUCUCUCUCCGCCCUCCUGCCGAGAGACGGCGGACCAGAAUCCGCCCUCCUGCGGCUCCAGGCUGCUCUGGACGGCCUGAACGACGCCUGGUUCCCCCCGCCCACGGACCCCCGACGUGGCCUGCUGGAGCCCGGCGAGGAGGAGGAGGAGGAGGAGGAGGAGUUUCUGCUGAGGAGUCAGAGAGGAGAGCUGAAGGCCCAGCCGCUGUCGCCCUUCCCCGCCAGUCACUCUCUGGAGAGUAUGAGCUAUCAGGGCGGAGGAGAGGACGGAGGGAGGAGGAACAACGCUCUGACCUUCAUCGCCGGAGGACUGCAGGCCGUCAGCAGGGAGAAAGGAGGAUUCGGGUUCCGCUUUGGGAGGAAAUGAUGGACGGACAGGGGGAGGG